UGCCUUCAGUGGUCUAAAAACCAACACUAAGCCUACACUAGACUAGUAGACCUCCUGUUUUAUCUAUUGAUGCUACCCCAUCAAACCCUCGUGCUUACCUUUGUGUUCUUCCUACUUUCCUUGCUGUGUCGGUGUUUGGCGGCUUUCAUUCUGUUUUAUUCAUCAUCUAUCGUAUCACCAUCUCCAGCGCCUUGGUUUGGUUUGGUUCACAAUCAUGAAGCGCAUUCUGACCUCCUUCAGCAAGCGGUCCGGCCCAACACCGGAAGGUCCGUCGUCAUACGCUCAGGAUUCUCCCGAGGGUAUUAUACUGAGAGAAGUGACUGCAUUUUGCGAGGCACCGCCAAGCGAUACCCAAGGAAACGAGUUCGUCCAUCUGCCCGCUAUUGUAGAAAGUGCGGAGUCCAGCCCCAAUGCCGCCAGGGAAGCAGCGCAUCGCAUUCGCAAGUUGUUGUCCGACCCAGCGUCAACUCCGGCCAAUGUACAGUACAAUGCGAUCAUGCUGAUCCGCAUACUCGUCGAUAACCCUGGUCAUACUUUUACACGGAACAUCGAUGCCAAAUUUGUCGCAACGGUGAAAGACCUCCUGCGCCAGACGAGGGACUCGAAUGUGCAAGGUUUCCUCCGACAGACUCUGGAUGCUUUGGAGAUGCAGCGUGGAUGGGAUGAGGAUCUUGCUCCACUUCUGCAGAUGUGGACAAGGGAAAAGACCAAGCUCAAGAGGACUAAUAGUGGAAGUACUUGGAGGUCCCAGGUUUCAUCCCAGACUUCACCGCAACCGCAACAGCCUCGUCCCGAUUAUUUUGGCCCACGCCAGGCCGGAACCUUGCCACCCCCGGAUGAACUCGCUGCUCGUGUCACUGAAGCUAAGACAUCGGCAAAACUGCUCGUACAGUUCGUUCAGUCGACGCCUCCCGCAGAGAUGGCGGAGAACGAGCUUAUCAAGGAGUUCUCUGACCGAUGUCGGUCGGCAUCACACACCAUCCAGCACUACAUCCACUCGACGAACCCUCCACCCGACGAGGAUACUCUCCUGACCUUGAUUGAAGCGAAUGAUGAGCUUUCCAUGUCGCUAUCUAGGCACCAACGUGCUCUUCUUAACGCGCGUCGAGCCUUAGGGCAAUCGGGUAGCCAGUCACCCUCGCCGCCGGAGACCACACCAUCAGGUGCUUCUAGUGCUAUCCCCCCACCAGUGCCUCCACGAGAUACGCAGAACCCCUUUAUACCACCAGCAAUGCCCUUGGCGACAUCAAGCCCUAGCGGGAUUCCACCCCCGACGAAUAACGGCACGGGACGGUCGGAGUAUCGGUCGGAGGACUUUCAGGUGCACAACCCAUUCGCCGAUAACUUCAGCACCACUGCUACCGGCUCAUCAGAAGGACGGAGAGAGGGGGCAGCGAACGACUCAUGGUACGAUCCGUAUCCGCAACCUAUACAGCGCGCGUGAUGCGUGGUGGAGUGUUGGGCGUCUUCUCCCUUUAUACUGGUUUCCUGUUUGCCAGCCCCCUUGUGUCUCUAUACCGCACGAUUGAACGCCUUCCCUAAUGCUUUAAUGUAGUUUUAUUUGUUCUUUGGCUGAUGUGAUACCUCUUUUCGCGGAGCAAUAUUACUUGUAUACGUUGUUGGUUUGGUUGCAUCUGCAAAGAUAAGUGACGCCUGGUCUGCGUCACAUCAUAUGCACAAGCUUAGAUGAGACAAUGUACCUAUCUUCUCUGUGACAGGAAAUUUCGUUCAGGCUUUGCUCAAAAUUAUAAUUCAACAGAAAGCUAUCAGACCUGUUGCCAGCGAUUGACAGAGAGGCAAGCGCGGUUGAGAAGGCAUAUGGCAGCUACAUCAUAGCAUGCUAACGCUCAUGAACUGUUCAUUAUUAACAAAAUUCUUAUCUGCCGAGGACUCGCCGAUGCUUGUUUUACCUACACUGGUUCUUAGAGCCAUGUAUCGCACAGAUCACUUAAUGAACACCCGGCGCUUACCCAAAAAGCAAGCGGCGAGUCAGCUCCGACUAAAAGAGUGGGCUCAUUUACCCCUACUCAUAAGUACGAGGCUUCUGCCUUCUUUCAGGCACGAACUCCGAAGACCCUUGGCCUUGUUUAUGAUUACGGAGACUCAAGGAC